UUGCACAUACGCACAUUACAUAUUUCCAUUUAUUUAUUUUUUGUUAUUGUUAAAUUAGUCAUCUUUCAAAAAUAUUUUAUUAAAUUUGGUAAAAUUUAGAAACAAGAAAACAUUAAAAAAUGAAUCGCUUGUUUGGAAAAUCCAAACCCAAAACUCCAGGACCCAGUAUAAAUGAUUGUAUUACAGGGGUGGACCAAAGAGCCUCAAACAUUGAAGAAAAAGUCAAUAAACUAGAUUCAGAAUUGAGAAAGUACAAGGAACAAUUAGCUAAAAUGAGAGAAGGACCAGCAAAAAAUUCAGUUAAACAAAAAGCUAUGCGCGUUUUAAAGCAAAAGAAAAUGUACGAACAACAAGUUGAGAGUUUACGUAACCAGUCCUUCAACAUGGAGCAAGCCAAUUAUGCAGCUCAGACACUUAAGGAUACCCAAUCAACUGUUAUUGCAAUGAAGGAUGGAAUGAAACAAAUGAAAAAGGAAUACAAACACAUAAACAUUGAUGAUAUAGAAGAUAUGCAAGAUGAUAUGGCAGACAUGCUAGAACAAGCAGAUGAAGUUCAGCAAGCAAUGGGUAGAACUUACGGAAUGCCUGACAUUGACGAUGAUGAAUUAGAAGCUGAGUUGGACGCCCUUGGUGAUGAAAUUGCUCUAGAUGAUGAUACUAGUUACUUAGACGAUGUAACAAAAGCACCUGCUGCUCCCGAUAAGGAACCAGGGGCAGACAGCACGAAACCGUUGACAAACAAAGAUGGCAUUGAAUUAGAUGAAUUUGGUUUGCCACAAGUACCUACAUCUAAGAUAACUACAUAAAUCAUUAACUCAUACAAUAAGAUAAGUGCAAAAAAAAUAAGUAUGGGUUGUAAAAUUUUCCAACUUCUCUUUAAAAGUUAUAAAACUUCAAAAAUAUAUGAAAUACCUAUAAUUUUUCAUAAUGGUCAGAUAAUAAAUC